CGUGCGGCCGCCACCAUGCCCGAGUGCCCGGAGCUGCACCUGGCCGGGCGCUUCAUCAACGGGGCCUGCGGGGCGCUGGUGUUCGCGGGCGGCGUGGAGCGCUCUGCCGUGGGCCGCGGCCCCGAGGUGCCCUUCCGCAGCGAGGCCUACGGCAUCUCGGCCGUCGCCCGCGGCAAGGAGCUGCGGCUGACGCUGAGCGCGCUGGACCCCGCCGCCAGUCCCCCCGCGCAGGACCUGGUGUUCCGCUUCGGCAUGUCGGGCUCGUUCCGGCUGUGCCCCGCCGCCGAGCUGCCCCGCCAUGCCCACCUGCGCUUCCUGACCCGGGAGAGCCCCCCCCGCGCCCUCUGCUUCGUGGACCCGCGGCGCUUCGGGUCCUGGCGCCUGGGGGACGCCUGGCAGCCGGAGCGCGGGCCCUGCGUGGUGUCCGAGUACCAGGCGUUCAGGGAGAAUGUGCUGAAGAACCUGGAGGACAGGGCUUUUGACAAGCCCAUCUGUGAGGUGCUCUUAAACCAGAAGUAUUUCAAUGGAAUUGGGAAUUACCUGCGUGCUGAGAUCCUGUACAGGUUGAAGAUCCCUCCCUUUGAAAAAGCUCGGACCGUGCUGGAGGCCCUGAAGGAGCAGGAGCAGGAGAGGAGGAAGAAGGAUCCUUCCCUGACGCUGAGCAAGAAGGUGAAGCUGAGGCAGGAGAACCCAGAUCUGCUGGAGCUGUGCCACAGCGUGCCCAUGGAGGUGAUCAUGGCAGAGAAGCAGCUCCUGGACCCCGAGCAGCCGGAUAAUUACUCCAACUUUAAGAACUGGCUGCAGUGUUACUUGGUGCCCGGCAUGAGCUCCCUGCGGGACCGCAGUGGCAGGACCAUAUGGUUCCAGGGAGAGCCUGGCCCCAUGGCUCCCAAAGGGCAGAGACCCCGCAAGGCGCCCCGCAAGAAGAGCCCAGAGCUGAAGGCAGAGCCCGAGGCACCGAGCCCCAAGGUCACCCCCCGUGCCCCGAAGCAGCGCCGCAGGGCUGCAGCGAAACUCCCAAAGGAAGAGAAGGAAGAGCAGGAGGAGAAGGAAGAGAAGGAAGAGAAGGAAGAGCAGGAGGAGAAGGAAGAGAAGGAAGUGAAGGAAGAGCAGGAGGAGCAGGCUGGCAGGCCAAGGAAGGGACGUGCCCGUGGGAGGAGGACAGUGAGUGCUGCCCCAGCCUCGCCUGAGGUGCCUCAGCGUGUCAGGAGAAGCCGCCGCGCAUCCGCUCGCAGGGGCACAGGUGCAGCCCCUGCCGUGUGAGUGUCACCUGCUGCCACCUCCUGAGGGGCCAAGAGGAGCUCAGGCAGGGCCUGGCCAUGGACCAGGGUUAGUGCUAGUGGAAAUGGAGCUGCUCCCUACCUGUGCUCACACUUAUUUGCUGCUGUGGCAUGCUGCCAAUGUGGGAGGGAGAAGCUGAGCCUGGUGAUGGGGCUUUUCCUGCUGUCCACGGGCAUUUCAGGGGAAAAAGGGCCAGGUCCACGUGUUGUACUGGACUCUGACUCUUCCUUCUCCCUCCUCCCUUUCUGGCUGCUGACCAAAUCACUGUUUUU